AUGGCGGUUGCUUUUAUUUUUGACGCCGGCUCCCUUUACCAAGUGAGUGAAAACGAGGGCGCAUUGAUCUGUCUGCCUCUGGAGUGUCCGAUUCGGUCAGGGGCCGAUGUGGCCUGCUUCACUGUGGAGGAAUUUUACUUUGUUGAGCGUGACUCGCCCCUUCUCUUGCGACGCUGGAGGGUCUCGCUUGACUGCAAAGAGUAUGCACUUCCCGGCCCGGCCCAAAAUGUCCUCGUUCACCGUCAGAAGGUGUACUGUUGUGGUAAAGACUCUCUUUUUGUCUUUGACCCUCUCUCUGAGGAGUUUGAGACGCUGGAACUCCAGCGCGGAGUAUCCGAUUUGGAGGCGUUGGAUCAUGGGUUUGUUUUUUUGGAUGUAAAUCAGGAGAUUUAUGCAUACCAAUUCAACCAGUACCCUAGGAAGGUGGAACUGACGAGAAGGGGAAUUCGGCUAUUGGGCCGUUAUGGCCAAUACGUCGUUGUUCUAUUGGACUCGAGUCAAAUAGUAUGCGUGAAUGAGAAGGGUGAGGUUCGGGAGGAAAUCCUCUCCUAUACAUUUACGAAGCCCUUCAUUUCUUUGAGCUCAGGUGCUCUCCUUACCGUGAACGAAGGAGGCAAAAUAUGCCUGUAUGCAAGGGACACCACGACUCCGAUUGUUAGUGAACUUCAGGGAACCGAGCCGAAACUUCUUUCCGUGCCUUCUGCCCAGCCUGAGGAUUCGUGUUUGAUCUGCUUCUGUGAUUUCGAGGAGGGUGGUGGCGUCACGUUGGACUGUGGCCACCGCUUCCAUCGUGAUUGCCUUGCCGAGUUCUCCUCUCGGGCCGACGGUUUUCGGGCAAAGGGAGAGCACGUGGUUUUCACGUAUGCCGUUUGCCCAGGGGGGUGCGGCAGUCAAAUUCGUCAUGCCGCUGCCCCUCUCUCCGAAUACAUGGGACGUUUGCGUCGGGAAAUUAACCUAGACGCAGAAAAUCGUCUUCGAGAAAUGAAAAACAAAACGGUAGAGGAAUUACUGUAUUAUAUCUGUUGCCGCUGUGAAAAACCUUUUUACGGAGGUGAACGCCGAUGCUUCCGUUCCAAUAAUGUGGAGCCCGUUAAAAAGCCUUGCGAGUUAAUUUGCUCGGAAUGCAAUGACGAUUUUCUCUGUCCAGUUCACAAGCACAAUUACGUCCUUUAUAAGUGCCGAUAUUGCUGCAACCCCGCAACACACUUGUCAUUUGGCAAUCGUUAUUUGUGUAACCGAUGCGAUGAACGUUGGGAAACGACCGAACCAGAGCCUAUAGCAUGCCCAGGUCCUGGUGAAUGCCCGCUUAAGGGCUCACACAGCACAGAUGGUUCCAUUCCUCUUGGAUGCAUGCUUUGUGCGUCAUUCAGUGCGAUGCAUAUCAACCUUUUUUCCCCUUCUUAA